CCGGGAAACUCCCCAGCGGAGCCGGGGAGGCCGCGCAACGGUCAUCUGAGUGGUGCUGGCCCGGGUCGUCACGCCGCAUGUCAACCCGAGUCUCCUUAAGACCCGGUUGUCCAGAACCGUCCCUGGUCAUCGUCUGCGUCCGAGUCUGGAGCCAUGCCCCAGUGGGCACGAUGCCGAAGAAGCAGUGACCCCGAGAGAGGCCGAGCGCGGGCGCCGGAUACUGCUGCCAUGUCCCACCCCAACCACUUAGCUGCCUGACUGAGAAGGGGGACAGCCCCAAUGAAACCACAGAAAAUGGACCCCCAAAUCUGGCUCACCCAAACCUGGACACGUUCACUCCAGAGGAGCUGCUGCAGCAGAUGAAAGAACUCCUAACUGAGAACCAUCAGCUGAAAGAGGCCAUGAAGCUAAAUAAUCAAGCUAUGAAGGGGUGAUUUGAGGAGCUUUCAGCCUGGACAGAGAAACAGAAGGAAGAACGCCUUUUUUUUGAGAUACAGAGCAAAGAAGCCAAAGAAUGUCUAAUGACUUUGAGUCAUGAAAAUGAAAAAUUGAAGGAAGAACUUGGGAAACUGAAAGGAAAAAUGGGAAGGUCAUUUGAGGACCCCACUGGGGACUCUAAGGUCCCCAAGGCAGAAACGGACCAGGAAAUAGAGCAGCUGAAAACCCAAGUGGCACGCCUACAAGCUGAAAAGGCAGAUCUGCUUGGUAUUGUGUCCGAAUUACAGCUCAAACUGAACUCAGAUGGCCCCUCUGAAGACUCCUUUGUUGAAAUUAGGAUGGCUGAAGGAGAAGCAGGUGUGGCAUUGAAAGAAGUCAAGACAAGCUCUGGGCCCAUAAGAACUGAUUCCCUGGACACACUGUACGUGAGGAGCAAAUCUGCAGAAGGUGCCAGGAACUAUUUGGAAUUUGAAGAACUAACUGUGAGCCAGCUCCUCCUUUGCCUAAGGGAAGGAAACCAGAAGGUGGAGAGACUUGAAAUGGCACUCAAGGAAGCCAAAGAAAGAAUUUCAGAUUUUGAAAAGAAAGCCAAUGAUCAUUCUGAGAUUGAAACCCAGACAGAGGAGAGCACAGAAAAUGAGAAAGAAGAGGAGAAAGGUCUAGAAACUGUUGGAAGUGAAGUGGAAACGUUGAACCUUCAGGUGACAACCCUGUUUAAGGAGCUUCAAGAGGCUCAUGCGAAACUCAGUGAAGCUGAGCUAAUGAAGAAGAGACUUCAAGAAAAAUGUCAGGCCCUUGAAAGGAAAAAUUCUGCAAUACCAUCAGAGCUGAAUGAAAAGCAAGAGCUUGUUUAUAAUAACAGAAAGCUAGAGCUGCAAGUGGAAAGCAUGCGAUCAGAAAUCAAAAUGGAGCAAGCUAAAACAGAGGAUGAAAAGUCCAAAUUAGCCACUCUGCAGUUGACACACAACAAGCUUCUUCAAGAAUACAGUAAUUCAUUGAAAACAAUUGAAGAACUAAAAAGAAAAGAGUCAGAAAAAGUGGAUAAGGUGGUGCUGCAGGAACUACAUGAAAAACUGGACCUGGCAGAGAAGGCACUGGCUUCCAAGCAGCUUCAGAUGGAUGAGAUGAAGCAGACCAUUGCCAAGCAGGAGGAGGACCUGGAAACCAUGGCUGUUCUCAGGGCUCAGAUGGAGGUUUACUGUUCAGACUUUCAUGCUGAAAGAGCAGCAAGAGAGAAAAUUCAUGAAGAAAAGGAGCAGCUGGCCUUGCAGCUGGCAAUUUUGCUGAAAGAGAAUGAUGCUUUUGAAGAUGGAGGCAGUAGGCAGUCCUUGAUGGAAAUGCAGAGCCGCCAUGGGGCGAGAACAAGUGACCCUGACCAGCAGGCUUACCUUGUUGAAAGAGGAGCUGAGGAUAGAAACUGGCAUCAACAGCAACAACGGAAUAUUCCAAUUCAUUCUUGCCCCAAAUGUGGAGAAGUUCUGCCUGACAUAGAUACGUUACAGAUUCAUGUUAUGGAUUGCAUCAUUUAAGUGUUGACAUUUCACCUCCCCCAAACUGUUGGUAAAUGUCAUUUUUUUUUCCUCCAAGAGUUGUACUUCUGUGUGAUUUGUUUUUACUCAAAUAUUUUGGCUCAUUAUGUUUGUUUUAGGAGAAAAAAAAUCUAUUUGUUCUAAGUAGGACAUUUUUGUGGAUCUCCAUAAGCCUGCAAAAUAGAAUCCUUUAACAUGCCACUCUUCUGAUAAUAGAUUCUUUUUUUUAUGUUCAGUUUAUGUGAACAAUGAACUGUUUAUGCAUUUAAUGAGCAUGUUACAUCAUGGGACAGAGUAAGUGUAAUGACAUGGAAGAAGCCUCACUGAUAAACUCUAAGAACUUCUCAAGGAGGCAGGAAAAAUGCAGUGGUCACAGAUUUAAUCAAGAGGAGUGUCUCUGAAUUAUUUUUUAAAUAAAUUAUGUUGUUAAUUUUUUUCAUUUAGUACACAUCUCUCUAGCAUUGUGUGAAUGUGUGUAUGUUGUAGUUUUGGUGAAGCCACAGUAAUUCUACCAAAGUUAGGAUAUGGCUCUUUUCCUGUGAGCACUGUGAGCUUUUUACUUGAUCAUCAGAACAAGUGGAAAAAUCCUGGGACACAAAGCAGAUAAAUUAGGUUCACUGAUUUUGUACAACCAUUCACAGUAUAAAAUUGUCUUUGUUCUUUCCUUGUGCUGCAGGUAUAUGGGCUUGUACAGUAUACAGCUUAUUAAUUUGUAAAAAGAGCAGCUGUCUAUUAAUUUUCCAAGAUCAAGCAAUAUAUUCACAACCACAGCAAUAGUUAUUGCAAAAUUAAGUUUUGCUUACGAAUCUUUCACAUUGUUCAUAUAUGAUUGGCUAAUUUCAUAGGAUGAAUUUUCUAUGUAUUCUGCUUCAUAUAUGCUUAAUAGUUAUUCAGAUCUGUUUUGUUAAUUCUGUGAAUAUGAGCAAAUCUCUUUACUAGAGACUGGUAAGUGUUGUUUGAGUUAGAAAUUGUUCUUGCUAAGGAGGUGAAAAGAGGGAUUUGCCAUAUUUUGUAAACCUACAGUUUAUGGAGAUUAACUAAUACUGGGCCAGCUAUAAAAGUAAACAAUAUCCUUAUGCAUCUACAUCCUAAAACAUUUAGGAGAAAAUUAAAAGAUCUCUUUUUUGUCAAAAAAAUCUCUUCCAGACAAACUUGACUUAAUA